AUGAUAAAUUAUAAUAUGGACCGCCGUCUGUAGUUUUUCUUCCUUUAACCUUAAUGAUAAAUUCUAAGGGCACGUGCGGUAUCCGAAAUCUGAUACUGAUACACGGUAUGCUACGCACUAACCCCCCAACUGACUGCUUGAUCGAAAAAGUGCAUUGUUCAUUAGUGAAUGGGCAGGUACGAAUGUUAUUGUUGAUUAUGACAUGUUAAUUGCUUUUAUUAUCUCAAGUUGUUGAUUUAUCAGUUAAUGCAUCUACCCAUCGAUUUAUCCUUACCGCCUUUUCUAGAGCCAGAAGAACGAACUAGGCUGAUACGAAACUCUGCCCUGCUUCAAACUUGAUUUAAUUAUUUCUAUUAAAUGGAAUGAUAGAAGGUUAGAUCCUCACUCAUAACGAAUAACUGGACAACAGUAUGGAAUUUCGAAUUUUCAACUAAACCAGUUGGUUCUGUCAUUUUUAUCAACCAUGUAGUGCCUAUACUUCCAGAAAUAUUGAAGCAUAGCUGUAUAAAACUUAGCUAAAGAGAAUUGUACAGAUAUGCUGAAUGAAACACGAUCUGCUAUGAUUCUUCCAGCUGCUCGUAUUUUGAAGCAAAAACCCAGUAUUUGGGUGGAAAUUAAUCAUGCAGUGGCUAAAUACAAACCGGUCAAUUUAGGUCAGGGUUUUCCGGACAUUCUUCCAAAACAACAUGUUCUUGAAAGUUUAACCAUGCUUGGAAAACCCGAUGUUAGCCCAUUUCUUCAUCAAUACACUAGAUCUAUGGGUCAUCCGCGUUUAGUGAAUGUAUUAUCUAAACUGUAUACAAGUUUUUUAAGAUGCGAUCGUAAACUGUAUGGUGAAUCUGGGAGUCUUCAAGUAGACUCGUUUGGACCAGACAGAGAAAUUGAUCCUUUAAACGAAGUUAUUAUUACCGUUGGUGCUUAUGGUUCGCUUUUUACGGCUAUUUCAGCAUUAGUUAAUCCUGAUGAUGAAGUGAUAAUUAUGGAUCCAAGUUUUGACUGUUAUACUCCAAUGACAGUAAUGGCUGGUGGUGUACCGAUUUAUGUACCACUUCGACCGCAAUUAGAUGAUGGUGAAGAAUUAAUCAGUGAUUGUUGGAAAUUAGAUAUCAAAGAAUUGGAAUCGAAAAUUACUUCAAAAACUAAAGUGUUACUAUUAAACACACCACAUAAUCCUUUGGGUAAAGUAUUUAAUAGAGAAGAAUUGGAGAGUAUCGCGGAUGUAUGCAUUCGUCAUAAUUUGGUGUGUAUUUCAGAUGAAGUUUAUGAAUGGUUAGUAUUUCCGCCUAAUCAUCAUAUUAAAAUCGCCUCUUUGCCUGGUAUGUGGUCACGUACCCUGACUAUUGGAAGUGCUGGCAAAACAUUCAGUGUAACCGGUUGGAAAUUAGGUUGGACAAUUGGACCAGCUAAUUUAAUACAGGCUAUGCAAUUGCAUCAACAAAAUACUGUGUAUACAUGUCCAACUCCUUUACAAGAAGCUGUUGCACGAAGUUUAGAAAUUGAAUUACCAUUAUUGAAUACACAUGAAUCGUAUUUUAAUGAGAUGUGUGCAUUGAUUGAACCGAAAGGUCGAAAUAUGGUUAAGAAAUUGAAUGAAAUAGGAAUGAUAGCAGUAAGACCCACUGGAGGAUAUUUCCUCGUGGCAGAUAUCUCCAAAUUGCAUGUCCCAUCGAAUGAAUUGGAUAAAAAUGACUCAUUAUCGUAUGAUGUCAAGUUUAAUAACUGGAUGAUGCAAAAUAAAGGUGUUUCUGCUAUUCCAAUGAGUGUGUUUUAUUCAACAUCUAAUCAACAUCUUGGUUCAAAAUAUUUACGAUUCUGUUUUUUCAAAUCAUCAAUCAAAUGUAAGUAUUAAUUAGAAGAUUUCUCAAAUACACAGUGAAUACUUUCAAAAUGAUCAGUCACUAUGGUUCCAUUCUCAAUGAAAUACUAAUGUUAACGCCCAAUAGAUAUCUUAACCAUGAAUGAAAGCAUAAAUAUCAUAUCAAAAUAAUACUCAAUAGAGGAUUCAACAUUGGAUUCGGCAUAUGAAAUUUUGAAGAAAUGGUAAUUGAUUUAAUGGCAAAAUAUUACUCCUGGAUCGUGUUGGAUUUGUAUUCACAAUCUUUUGAUUUAUUUUGACUUAUUCUGCCUACUACUGACUUGAUUGGGUUUUUUUUCUGUAGAGGAUCAUU